AUGCUCCUACCAAGUAUCUCCUCGGUGCUCACACUCUUCAACAUUCUCAAGCUGGCCCAUUCCGGUCUAUCCAAGUCUGACAAGGACCAGUGGAAAGCCUUGGUCGAUGCCAUCCCGGUCCCGCGUCAUGGCAAGUGCCCCUCCUUCUGCCACAUGGUCCUGACCCAGCUCCGUCAGCGCUAUGUCAAUGUCGGCACCCGGGUCUUCUCCGACAAGCACUGCAUCAGUACCGAGAAGUACGCCUACGACUUCCUCGACGGAAUCAUCAACGAGUUUGUCGAGAACCUGGCCUCCAAUCUCGCCAAGUGCGCGGCCAUGAAGGCCCGUGGCGAGAAGACCAAGCACUUCCGCCCCCGCUUUCUCAGCAAGAAGCGACCCACCUCCGAGUUCUGCUACAUGAGGAAGCGACUCUGGGGCCCUGUCCAGUCCACCUCCAGCUUCUGGAACCGAGUCAACAUUCGCGAGUUCCUCGGCAUCGCUCCUCCUGGUGCACAAGACACUCCUAAGCAUGAAGAGUGUCAAGAAGCCACCCAAGCACAGCCGGAUGGAGAGGAGAUUCCUUCCCGCCUCCGUGCCGACGGGACCAUCGAGGAUCGCCGACUGCAGCUUCCCUUCCUCUGCGAGACUCGCAUCAUGCGGACCAAGACCGGCAAGUUUUACAUUGUGGUCUCGGAGCUACUUGUCCGUCCGGGCGAAAGCCAAGCCCAGGACACGGCCAAGAAAGUCGUCUCUAUCGAUCGUGGCGUCCGAGACUUCAUCACCACAUACGACCCUUCCGGCCUUGUCACCGCCUGGGGUGCCUCCAAAUCUCACUCGACCAAUGGUGGCAGGGACACCAAGAACAUCGCUCGCAUCUUCAGCCUCAAGAAGUGGUACGACGAUCUCCAGUCCCGCAUCUCGACCCCGGCGAUGAAGGACGGAGAAACCCAAUGCUCCUACCGAUUCCGCAAGAACAGGAUGCGUCGAGCAGCCCUCCGCAUCCUCGAGCGCAUCCGAUGCCUUGUCAACGAUCUCCACCGCAAGGCAGCCAACUGGCUCUGCUCGACGUACAACGUCAUCUACAUCCCCAAGCUCAACUUCCACCAGCUGGCAGCACACUGCUCUGGACGAGUGGUCAACGAGAAGAUGGCCAUGCUGGCCCACUGUCGCUUUGUCGACACCCUCGUCCACAAGCCCAGGGAGGAGUGUGGGUUGAUGAUAGAUCGCGACAUCAAUGGGGCUCGUAACAUUCUGUUGAAGAAUGCGAGCUCGGAGGACAUUCUUGGCGAGGGCAUGGUGUAGCCUCGCAAACACCCCUUUGAAGCCUAUUUCCA